AAAUGCAAAAGGAAAAAAAUAAUUAAAUCUCUCUCUCUCUCUCUCUCUCUGCAUCUCUCUUCUCCUGUGACAGGGAAGCGAAGUUCGGCAAUAGCGGAGAGGAGCUUCAGAGGUGGUGAGUCUACCGGCAAGGCAAGGCAGGAUUUUGAGAUCUCGGCUUACUGUUCUCCUUGAUCUGUUCGUGCUGGUGUUCCGGCGAGAUGCCGACGAUUCGGUACCAGAUAAGGAACGAGUACGGGCUGGCGGAUCCGGAACUCCACCGGGCCGCGGACAAGGAUGAUCCCGAGGCCAUCCUCGAAGGGGUCGCCAUGGCUGGACUCGCCGGCGUUCUUCGGCAGCUCGGAGAUCUCGCAGAGUUUGCUGCAGAAAUAUUCCGUGAUUUGCAUGAAGAAGUUAUGGGUACUGCUGCUAGAGGGCAUGGGCUGAUACUUCGAGUCCAGCAACUUGAGGCAGAUUUCCCAUCCUUUGAAAAGGCUAUUUUCUCUCAGACUAAUCAUUCAGGGCAUUCAUACAAUGACGGUAUUGAUUGGCACUCUAACUUUCAUCUGGAUCAGAACUUGGUCACUCAAGGGGAUAUGCCACGUUUUGUUAUGGAUUCAUAUGAAGAAUGCCGUGAGCCACCUCGGUUAUUCACACUAGAUAAGUUUGAUACUGCUGGUGCAGGAGCAUGUUUGAAGAGGUACUCAGAUCCAUCUUUCUUUAAAACAGAAUUAACUUCCUCUGGCUUUAUGGAAGCAGAUAAAUUAAGAGAGAGAAAAUCUCGGAGGAUUAAGAAAAAGGGAUCACGUAUCAAGAAUGGCCAUACCCUAGAGUCUUUAUUGUCACCGCGGGCAAAUUCCGACUCACAGCCAGCAAUUUCGGAUCAGGUUGCUGAUAAGUCUGCUACAAGAUUUGUGAGGUUGAAAUUAAGGAACUUGGAUGAUACUAAUGGAAGCAAAGGGUGCGGCUCAAGGAAGCAUCUUCUUCAACUACAUUUGGAUAUACAGAAAAUUGCUUUUGACAGUUCUCAAAGUUCUUCAACUUUAAGUCCAGGUCUAAUUGAUUCAAGUGUGCCAACUUCUCUAACACAUGAUACAGCUAGGAAUAUGUCAGAAAAUGAUUCUCUAGUAAGAGAUUCAAGUCCUACGAUGAAUGGUUAUGAAGAGUUGACUAGGGCAACAACAUAUGAACUAGGUGACUGGAAUACGGAAACUAAAAAAUUUUCAGAAUCAGCAGAUGAGCCAAUUGUGGGUGUUCCCAAUACAGGGAGAGGAUAUAAUCUGGUGGAGAGUAUGGAAAACUCUGCUGAUUCCGAAAUUAAUUCAGAAGGCAGUGCCUACGACAAUGAACUUAAUGAUAUAGUGAGAAACACAUCUCAGAGGGUGGAAGAUCAUAAGUUAGUGAGGGCAGAACUUCAGUUAGAAGGCAGUACUGAUGGCUACAGGACUGAAGACAUCGGUAGUGAACCAGAAAAUUUCAUGGAUGCGCCCAACAGCAUGGAAUCUGAAGUUGAAACAGAUUCUGAAAAUAAAGGGAGACCAGAUAUUGGUUCUUUGAAAACUGAAGGUCAAGAAAUGGACACUGACGCUAGUGAAAGAUUAGAGGAGCUGGACUCUCAAACUUCAGAACUCAAUAAUACUGGGCCAGAACGAUCUAACAAUAUGUCAAACAGUGGAAUGACAAGUAAUAUUAACAGCCUAGAUGAAGUACUAACGAAUCAAGAAGCAGAGAAAACCCAAGAGCCCAGUUUGCUACAUGGGGAGGUUGCUAACUCAGCUGAUUUAGUCUCUAAUGGAGGCAGCAAUAUGGAGACAUUUGAAGAUCCCAUGUUAAAACCAGAAGAAAUCAUAAAUGAACACUUGGAUUCUUAUGACCCUGCUUCUGAUUUAUUAAAUGUUAAUCCUGGAGAAAUUUCUGCACGUUGUUUAAUUCCUCGUAACAAUAAUACCUCAGCCAGAAAUGACAUCCAAUUAGACAAUGGUCCACCUUGUUCAAAUCUAUGUCUACUCGAGAAAACUCAUCCAGAAGAUCAUGUGAAUGAAGACAUACAUAUGGUUGACCAUUUCUCUUGUCCGUUAAUUCGAAACACUUUGGCGGAAGACCUUGAGAGUGAAGUUCCAUUCUCUAUGAUUGUGGCCUCAACAGAAGAGAUGCAAGUUCCGGUGGAUCAAGAAAUAAAAAAUUGUAUCUCUAAAGAAGAUGCAGAUGCAGCUAGCAGUUCAGUUGGAAUAAGCAUCUCAAUGGUCGCCUCAGAAUUUGCCCCUGACAUCAGUAUGGACGAUUUAAAGCAUGGUGAAUUAAUAACAGAUGUGAACAACUGUCAGCAUCCUGAAGAACUACCAAGUGAAACAUCUUUUUGUGCAAAAGGAACUGAUGGUGUAGCACAAUACCAUACUACUGGAAACUCUAAUUUGGGAUGUGACUCUGUGUUGCUACUUUCUGAAGAGAUGGCAUCCAAUCUUGACUCGUCUGUUGAUAAAACAAAGCAGGCAAGCAUUCUUCCAAAAGAUUUUGUUCCGUAUGAUGAAGUUACUGAUGAUAAAGCAAAGCAAGCAAACAUUGUUCCAAAAGAUUUUGUUCUGUAUGAUGAAGUUUCUGAUGAUAAAACAAAGCAGGCAAGCAUUGUUCCAAAACAUUUUGUUUCGUAUGAUGAAGUUCCCCUUCAGGCCUCAACUACAAACAUAGGAAAGUCACCAGGGACAAUGAAUCAAUAUGCAGAAACAUGCCCAUCUGAAAGCCUACCAGUUCCAGCUCAUGUUAUUUCCGCCAUCAGCGAUGCAGAUUAUGCAACAGAAAUGGAAUCUGUGGUUGCAGUCAAAAAUCUAGAAGCUAGCUCUGAGAAUGGUGAUGAUGGGGCAAAAAGAAUUUUUUCAAUGCCAAUAAUAUUACAACCCCAGUUUGAAUAUUUUUCUGGUUCAGAGGAAUCUCUGGAAUCUCCAAAGAUGAACUUUGCAGAGGAAUCCCAAGAGUCCUUCAAGGUGAACCAUGAAGAGAAGGCACCUUUAUGUUCUGCUGGUGAAGCAUUUUCUGAGGAUGUCAGUAAUUCCACCAUGCUUGAUGAUAACUUAGAAUUCUCAAAUGAGUUUUACCGAGGCAGCUCACAGAAUGUUGUUGAAGUGCCUGAACAAAAUACUGAUCAUGAAAGUUUGACAGAAGAAACUUUUGCAUCCAAAGAUAAAGAUAAUAACAAAAAACUAAACUUGGCACAUAAUGAAGAGGCAUUAGACCAGCAUCUGCAUUUAGAAGAAAGUGAAGAUCUUGCAACCUUGUAUGGGCAUCAGCCUAUAAUUUAUGAAUUUGAUUCUUUGAAUACAGUGGAAUUAGAAUCUCAAAGAACUCUCAACAUGGAAGAUUCUCCAGCAUUAGAACAAUCAUCACUAGACCCAGCUGCCUCAUGCUUUGAUUUGCCUGUGAAUAAUUCAUCUAAUGCCAAUGAUAGUGGGCUACGUGGUGAUAUUCAUGAAACAAUGCCAGCUGGCCAUGUGAAAGCAUAUCCUGUUCUUAAAGAGACAUAUCUAAAUUAUCCUACACAAAGAGAACAUACUGAUUCAAUAUGUUUAGCACAAGGUGAACUUGAAAGCAUACAAGGAGAUAUGUCUCUGCCAACCUACUUAAUCUUUGAUUUUGCAAGUUCAGCUGAAGAAGCUUCUAUGAUACCAACUAGCAAUGAAGAUAUCUCUACCUUGCACACUAGCAAUGGAGAUGUUACCUUGCAAGCCAGCAAUGGAAAUGCCUCUACCUUACAAUCUGGCAAUGAAGAAGUAUCUCCUGGACAAGCUAUCAAAGAAAUUGUCUCUGCCUCACAAGCUAGCAAUGAAGAAAUCUCUAGCUCACAAAUUAGCAACCAAGAACUCUAUUACUUGCAAGAUAGAAAUGAAGAACUCUAUGAAGCUAGCAAUCAUGAUGUUUCUACCUUACAAGCUAGCAGUGAAGAAGUUUCUGCCUCACAAGCUAACAAAGAAGUUGUAUCUACCUCACAAGUUAGUAAUGAAGAAGUUUUGCCUUUACAAGUUUGCAAUGAAGAAUUCUCUACCUUACAAGCUAUACAUGAAGAUUACUCCACCUUAGAAGCUAGAAAUCAAGAAGCCCUUACGUUACAAACUAGCAAUGAAUCAGGAUUCUUACAUCAAAAAGGUGAAUGUGUUGAACUUGAAAUUCCAAUUGACUAUAAUGGGUUGGAAGAUAAACCAAUAGAAGGACCUGAACCAAAUUAUCAUGCCUUAACCAACAAUGUGUUACUCAAAAUGCCAACAUCAAAUAUAGAUGAGACUUCAAAAAUGGAUUCACAAGCUCUCGUCUCAUCAGAGUGUAAUUCAGAAAUUUCUCCAUGUCAUGAGGCUUACAAUAUCUCUGAUAUGCCAUUUUAUCCCUUAUCAGGCUCUGAUGUGACUGACUUCGAGAGUGCAACCAGAAUAUUGAACGAGCCUCAAUCAUGCAACUCAUAUUCUUGCUUUCCUUCACAGAAUUAUGAACCACCACCACCAUUGCCCCCACUUCCACCUCUUGAAUGGAGAUCUCGGAAGUUGUCGUCUCUAUUGCCCAACCAAAAUUCAAUUCAAGCUUUGCCUGGGGAAAACCUGUUUAUGUCAUCAUCAGGCAUCACUCCAACAAAUUCACAUAUCACAUCACCAAUCAGUUUAUCUCAACUACCACCAAUUGUUGCUGAUUACAGCAAUCAACCUGAUUUCCUGUCUUCAACAAGGUGCAUUGCCGAUUCAUCACUGUUGUCUUCAUCCAUAUCAUCAUCUUUGGAAUAUGAGAAGAAUCAACAUGCUUCUGAUGUGGAUGAAGCAAUAAAGUUACCACUAGAAGAUUCAUUUUUUAUAUCAGAGAGCCAAUUGUUUCAGAAUUCCAUGUUGCAGAAAGAUAUAAUUCAGCCUCUGAUGGAGAAAAGAUCAGAGAUUGGUGAAUUUUUGCCAGUUUUUGGAUCAGAGAAAUCUCAGUAUUCUGAGGAUAGACAUCUACAUUUGGAGAACAUGGUUCAGUCUCAAAACCCUUUCUUGUUCAAUGCUAGCAUCAUGGAUGAGAGCCAUAGUAUUCUGUCACUCUCUUCAGGACUGGGCAUGCCCCAACAUGGUUAUGUAUAUUCUUUGGAAAGGAGCCAACCAACUCUAUUUGCUGUUGUACCUACCAACGAAGGUGAAACGAUUGGUAUUAACCCUCGUUCCAUACGGAAUCGCCCUAGAAAUCCAUUGAUUGAUGCUGUUGUUGCGCAUGAUAGAAGCAAGUUGAGAAAGGUGCCAGAGGUUGCUAGCCCUUCUGAUGAGCCAAAGUCAGAUCAAAUGGAUACAUUGCUGGAGUCCAAUAUUUUGCAGUUGAGGAAGGUAUCAGAGCUCGCUAGGCCUUCUGACAAACCUAAAGCAGAGGAGAAGGAUGCAUUACUAGAGCAGAUAAGAAACAAGUCAUACAACCUGAAGCCAGCAACUGUUCUCUCGAAGCCAAACAACAAGAGCCAUUCGACAAACAUUAGAGUUGCCGCCAUCUUGGAGAAAGCAAAUGCAGUCCGGCAGGCAAUGGCCGGAAGCGAUGAAGAGGAUGGUGAAGAUAAUUGGAGUGACUGCUGAAUGCAAAUUACUUUGUGCUUAAAUUCAAAGCUGUUCCAAGUCUGCUUGCCCAAAGAAGGUUCCGCUGACAGGAAAGCUACUUGUUAAUCUAAGCAGUGUACAGUAGUGUCUCCUCUGCCCCUUCUUUUUCAUUCCUUGUUCAAUAUGUAUUCUAUUAAUAUAAUUAGCUUCUCUUAUAGCAGUUAAAGCUCUACCUAGGAGCAAGCAAAUAGAAUCAUGGCGGAUAUCUAUUUGAUUGUAACAUGUAACAUAUAUAUCCAGAGUAAUAUCAUGUAGAGGAAGCAUGUUUUCCUU